AUGGUUCUCCUCGUAGCUCUCCUCUCUGCAGCCUUUGCCCACUCGGCCUCGGCUGCCGUUGCGUCUACCUUUACUGCUCCUGCUCCCGCACCGACGAGCCAAUCGCCUUUCUACGUUGGUUCGUCCAAUGGCACCAUUCAAAACUCGCCCCUCGUAUCUGGACAGGUUUUCGACCGGUUUAUCCAGAUCUGGCUCGAGAAUACAGACUUUUCCAGCGCUCAGUCCCAGACCGUCUUCCAGGAGCUGUCCAAACUCGGCAUCACCCUCAACCAGUAUUAUGCUCUCACUCAUACCUCUGAGCCCAACUACAUAGCUGCCGUUGGUGGUGACUUCUGGGGACUCUACAACGACGACUUUGAGCAGAUCCCUGCCAACAUGUCGACCGUCGUCGAUCUCCUCGACGAGAAACUGAUCUCCUGGUCCGAAUACCAGGAAAAUAUGCCCGAGGACGGAUACACUGGGUACAACUAUACCAACCCCCAGGACGGCUACACUUACUACGUCCGGAAGCACAACCCUUUGAUUAUCUACAACUCCGUUUCUCAAAACAGUACUCGUGCUGCCCGGAUCCGCAAUUUCAACGAUUUUGCUGUCGAUCUCGGGAACAACUCCCUCUCUCAAUGGGUUUUUGUUACCCCAAACAUCAGAGACGACGGCCACGACACCGACGUUGCUUAUGCUUCCGAAUGGCUUAACUGGUGGCUCAUGCCCUUGCUCAAUGAUACGAACUUCAACACGGAGAGGACGUUGAUUCUUCUGACCUUUGACGAGUAA